AUGGCUUCUCAGGUAACUGUUCAGCCCUUGGUCCCUUCUGCGGACUCGGCUGUGGAUUUCGGAGCUAUCAUCUCCAACGUUGAUAUCGAAAAUCUUACUGAUGCCGACUUCGACAUCAUCCGUGACGCCCUUUUCAACCACCAGGUCCUCGUAUUCAAGAACCAAGGCCACGUCUCCCCGAAAGCGCAGUAUGAACUCAACCAGCGCUUUGAUCCCGAAGCCGCGGCGUCAUACGGCCACGGCAAGACUCUCGAUGCUAAGAGGUCCAUUCUGCACCCUGACCUGAAAACCAUUCCCCACCAGCCCCAGGUCCAGGUCAUUGGCAACGGUUUCGUGGAAGAGUAUGAGGGUCUGAAGGACAUCAGACUCAGACACCCUCACCACCGUACCUUUCACGCCACGACCAUCCCCGCCGAGGAUGACCUUGACUUCACCCGUUUCUACCGCUGGCACAUCGACGCGGCUCUGUACGGCCUCGCACCGCCCGUCGCGACGACCCUCCUCGCCGUCCGUGUCCCGGGCGGACGCAAGCAGACACUCCGUUAUGACGACGGCACGGGCGAGGAGAUGACGGUCCCGCUAGGCACGACGGCGUUCGUAUCAGGCUACGCCAUGUACGACAACCUCUCUCCCGCCGACCAAGAGUUCGCCCGCACCACAAAGGUGGAAUACGCACCCCACCCUUACGUAUGGAUGAGCAGUGCCAAGUCCCGCUCCGACGGUCUCGGUCUCAUCUCGGAGGGCAGGGAAGUACCUUUCGACGACCUCCCACCAAUCGAGCAGGAAAAAAUACAGAUCCUGCCGAUGUGCUGGCGGAACCCCGUCUCGGGCCGGCUGGCCCUUCAGAUCCACCCGUCCGCAGUCCGGAAGCUGCACCUGGCGGACGGCACGGUGGUGGAUAACCUGGCCGAGGUGCGGGAGACGGUGCACCGGCUCCAACGGCCGGGCAUCUCACCGCAGCAUGUGUACGCACAUGACUGGGAACAGGGGGAUUUCGUCAUUUUCCACAACCGUGGCCUGAUUCACUCUGUCGUUGGGGCGUUUGCCGAGGACGAAGUUCGGUUGUUCCGGCAGUGCAAUAUCGCCGGGAGCAAACUUCCUGUUGAGGUUGCUGCGGCUGUGUAG